CUAUGUGAUCCAUGAAAACCUUCUUUAUACUUAUAGUUUCCUGACUCAAAGUUAUAUUUGCGAUAUGAUAUUAAUUUGAUAAAAUAUUUAUCAAAAAAUGAAUCAAUAGUUUCGCAUCUUAUUUUGAUUAGGUUAGUUUAGAAUUGUCCGAAAAUGUUAGUAAAAUUUACGAUUCGUUUGCUUCGAAUGACGUCAUAUAGUAUCGACAUUAAGAUCAGUAACCACCAAUCAAAUAAAUUCCCGCCAUUUUCCGUUGUGAAUGCUCUAACGUGAAUUCUUUACCUAAUAAUAAAUAAAUUUCGAAAAAGUUUUAUAUCAAUUGUACGCUUAUAAAAGUGGUGUUUAUUAAAUCAAAUUUCACGUUAUUUUUCAUGUUACGAUUAAGAAAGAUAUAUAUUAGCGUAACACAUAAAAACAUCACAUUGUUGAUUUUGUGAAAGAGACAAUCGUAAAAGGUGUGUAUGUAGAGUGAGAUCCAAAUUUAUAUGGUGAAUUAAAUUAGAGAAGAAAAAACUUCGUCUUGUGAAACUUAAGAAAAGUUUUAGAAUAAACAUUUUAUUGCAUCCUUGAUGCAUAAUGAACACUCCAACUAGAGAAUUUUUAAGAAGACCAGAUGGUUCGCGUAGAAGAUCUGCCCGUCAAGCUUUAGCAGUUAUUCCUAACGUCCCGGGUAUGACAUUUUCUCCAGGAGAAAUGCUUCCUAUUGAACAGAAUACAAUGGACAAUGUAAUGAAUAGUCGACAUACUACAGAUUCUUGGAGUCCAGCUCCUAGUCCGGAUGAACUUGUUAUUCAAAAACGUGGAAGAAGACGACGGACUAUAGUUUGGUCACCAGACCUAGAUACUUGCAAGCGUGACAGCUUAUUAAGUUUAAGUUCUAGGGAUCGAACUCCAGUAAAAAGUCCAUCAAAAUCAACUAUGAUAUUAAGAAGUACACCUAGAAAAAGAUUAUCGCUUGGCGAUGCUAAUGAAUCUAGAUUUACUGUAUCCGAAAAAAAGAGAAGAACACCUUCGAAAUCUAUGAACGUCAUUGAUUCUGCGAUACAGAAAAAGUUCAAUGGAAAUUUAGUAAAUGGAUUACGAGGUCUUAGCCACGAACAGUUGGUCAAACUUAUUACAGAUAUAAUAUCUAUGCAGGAAGAUGGUAAUCUACGCGAAGAUGAAAAAUUGAAGGAUGUCUUUAUGAAUAAAAUGCCAAUGGCAGACAUACAACCACAGAGGGAAAAACUUUGCAAUUUAAGACAAAAUAUCUAUGCUAGUCUUGUUUCUUCGAAUGCAGAUGACUGUGCAUAUAGUCGCGCAUAUAUACAUUUAGACGCAUUUCAGAAAGCAGUAAUUGAUCAAGGGAAGAGACUUUUGGAAUCACAACAUUGGUCAUCUGUGAUACAAUAUGUUUUUGUAGCAUGGAAUAUAACUAAAGAACUACCUGAAUGGGAAAGUCAGGGUUUAGAUAAUACAACCUAUAAAUGUUUCAAAAAUUUAGCAUUAUUUUGUAGACGUGCGUUAACAGAAGGAUGUUUCAAUUUAUCUACAUUGAACUUGUAUAGAGAAAGACUAGAAACCAUGGCAAAAGACUGUGAAGAAAUAAAUGGUUGUCUACAGCUGCUGAAAGAAAUCAAUCCGGUUAUUGUCUAGCGUCAUGGUAUUUUCUUAUAUAUUAUUUAAUAUAAUAAUUUAUACAAGUAGAGAAAGAGAUGAAGGAGUAUAUCAUCGUGAUAAAAAUCGAAUGUCUUUUCAUUAUUGUGUUAAGAUUUGUUGGCAAAUUUAUCAGCAAUUUUGUCGCUAUAAUAGACCAAUAUUUAUAUAUAUAUACAUAUAUAUAUUUUUGUUAAUAUAUACAUUCAUUUUUAUAACAAUAUUAUACACUUCAUUGACUUCGACUGAGAUCUUGCGCAUCUGAAAUGUUUAUCGCGAAUAAAACAAUCUCUAUAAAUUAUUAGCUUAAUUAAAUAUUUUCUUAAAUAAUUAAAUUUCAUGGAACAGAUUUUAUGAGUUAUUACUAAAUUGGUGGUUCUAUGUAAAGUAGGCAGAAUCUAAAGUUUACGAUUUUGAAAUUAUUGACGUUCAUAUAGUUUUAUAAGUAUGAAAAGAGUAAAUGCUAUUUAUAAAUAAUAGAUGUAUCGGAAUAAGUGUGAUCAUUUUUUUGUCAUAUAUAAUAUUUUACGUACGCACGUAAAAUUUUGCAUGUUAAUUCAAACGUGAGAAUAUCGUUUUUUUUUUUUUUU